AUUUUUAUUAUCCUUUACUGAAUAUUAUUUUUUGUUGAGAUUGUGUCGAAAUUAGUUAUUUCUAGUAGAACAUGUGUAUCGUGGUUCCCCAUGGAAUCUUAAGUACUCGAUAAAAAACAACUCACUAAAAAUAAUAUAUUUAUAGUAGUAGUAUCAAUAAGUUUAUAAGAUAAUUUGAAAAAUGCCGAAAAAUAAAGGCAAAGGAGGAAAGAACCGGAGACGCGGUAAAAAUGACAAUGAAGGCGAAAAAAGAGAAUUAGUCUUCAAAAUGGAAGAUCAAGAAUAUGCUCAAGUUUUACGUAUGCUCGGUAAUGGCAGACUUGAAGCCUACUGUUUUGACGGCACUAAACGUCUUUGCCAUAUUAGAGGAAAGAUGAGGAAGCGAGUUUGGGUAAAUGCCGGCGAUAUUAUUUUGGUAUCGCUUAGAGAUUUCCAGGACAGCAAGGCUGACGUGAUCGCAAAGUACACUGCUGAGGAGGCUCGUACUCUGAAGGCUUACGGCGAGUUGCCUGAAGCGACCAAAAUCAACGAAACUGACGUGUACGACGACGAGGCCGACAACUGCAUUGACUUCCAGGACGUAUCGUCUGAAUCAGAACCUGAGGAUGAGUCACAAGAGGAGUCGGAUUUCGAUAUCGAUGAUUUAUAACCAUUUUACUCCCACCUCCACCACUCAAUUAUAUAAUAUACUAUAGUCACUA